AUGUACAGCCUGGUAAUCAUUUCACUAGUGCUCUAUACGUUCUGCGACUCCGCUUUCUUUCCAAUCUGCUAUCUUCCUCGUUUUUGGCUUGCAGGUCAUUGUAAUGGGCUUGCUGAGUCGCUAUCUCCGGGCGUUAAUUCUACCACAUGCCCCCAGUGGACGGCUUUACAUCCGACUAAGUAUCGUGGGCUCAGCGAAGACUUGGAUGUGGCGUACAACUCAGAAGACUUCAAGCAAAGAGCUAUUCAGGCCCUCGGAGAUGCAGUCCGCGUACCGACCGAAUCAUACGACGAUAAUGGACCGGUCGGUGAAGACAGCCGAUGGGAUACAUUCGCAGAACUUCAUCGAGUUCUUGAAGCCUCGUUUCCUCGCAUUUACAAGUCCCUAAAUGUCACCAAGGUCAACACAUAUGGUCUGGUUUUUCACUGGCAGGGAUCGACUCCUGCAAAGCCUUACAUCUUGACCGCUCAUCAAGAUGUUGUGCCAGUUGAAGAACAAACAGUUGAAGAGUGGAAACACGAUCCAUAUUCAGGGUACUAUGACGGCACGUGGAUAUGGGGUCGUGGUACUUGUGAUGACAAAGGCGACUUGAUACGACAAUUGCUAGCCAUCGAUUCCUUGUUGAAGCAAGGUUUCUCUCCUGCACGCACCCUUAUACUUUCGUAUGGAUUCGACGAAGAGUCCAAAGGCAUAGAGGGUGCUGGUCAUCUUUCUCGAUACUUGGAAGAAACGUACGGGCGCGAUUCUUUUGCCUUGCUUCUUGACGAAGGAGGUACGUGGACUAAAUGUUGCACAGUGGUACAACUCAACUUUGCGUUAGAUCUUUACACGGACAUGGGUGGCAUUGUUUUUGCGACUCCCUCGACAUCCGAGAAGGGAUAUCUUGAUGUGAAGAUCACUGUUUCGACUCUGGGUGGUCAUUCGAGUGUACCACCUUCUCAUACGAGCAUUGGUCUCCUCUCCCGUUUCAUAGCAGAGGUGGAAGAUAACCCGCACCAAGCCAGCCUUUCCCGAAGAGGAACCCCGUUUGCGACGACGCAGUGCCUUGCAGCGUACGAUCCAGCGUACCCCGAAGACUUGCGAAAGCUCGCAAGAAAAGCAGUUGCAGAUGAUGCAGCUCUGAAGGUGCUUCAAGAGCGACUUCUGGCUUCAGAUCCCCUGUACAAAGCAAUGCUUGGGACUACACAAGCAGUAGAUCUCAUUGAAGGUGGUGUGAAAGUUAACGCUCUCCCAGAGCGUGCUAGCGCAGUGGUGAAUCACCGCAUCGCAGAGCAUAGUUCUGUUGCUGAGUUGCAGCAGCACAUGAUCGACCUUUUGACCCCAUUGGCAACCAAGUACGACCUCGCACUCCUCGCGUUUGGGAACAACGUGACUCGUGGUGGUGCUGGUCAAGUCGUUCUGUCUGACUUCCUCGGGACAGCCUUGGAACCUUCACCCGUGACGCCUACCGGGUAUGGUCCUUGGGCACUCUUGCAAGGAAGCAUUAAAGCUGCUUUUGAGAGCUCCCCCACCCGUAACAGCAGCAAGGUCGUGGUUGUACCCUCUCUAUCAAUUGUCUCAGACACACAAUUCUACUGGAAUUUGACCAAGCAUAUUUUCCGCUUCUCGCCGUCCUUUGACACGGAUCGUUUCAAUGGAGAACACACUGUCAAUGAAGGCAAGCCUUUCCGUGCAGACAGCUUGAAUGAAGGUGUUCGUUUCUACACCAAGUUUAUCUUGAAUGUGGAUGAAAGUGAUUUACCGUGA